ACGCGUGGGGUCACCUUGUCAUCGCCAAGGCCACGCUAAUCCUCUCGCUCUCGCACUUUGUCAACCGGCCGUCGUUCCCCAUCACCGGGAUCCCUCGCCGCCGCGCCGCCAUGCUCCAGCUACGUAGCCGCGUCAUCGCCCAUCUCAUAUCAUGUCCAGCAACCUCUCCCGCAUCCCCUGUCCGCCGCCUCCUCGCCGCCGCGGCGCCCGCCGUCUCCCCAAGCCCUAGCUUCGUCGUGGAGGAGUACCUGGUCUCCACCUGCGGCCUCACCCGACCCGAGGCCGUCAAAGCCUCCGCUAAGCUCUCCCACCUCAAGUCCCCCGCCAAGCCCGACGCCGUGCUCGCCUUCCUCGCCGGCCUCGGCCUCUCCGCCGCCGACGUCGCCUCCGUUGUCGCCAGAGACCCGCAGUUCCUCUGCGCCAAAGUGGAGAAAACCCUGGCACCCAACGUCGUCGGGCUCACCGACCUCGGACUCUCGCCUUCUGACAUCGCGCGCCUCGUCUCGCUGUCCCGUCACAAAUUCCGCUGCAGAUCCAUUGUCUCCAGGCUGCACUACUACCUCACUCUCUUUGGGUCCUCUGACAACUUCCUGCGGGCCCUCAAGAGGAACUUCUACCUUCUCUCGUCUGACCUCGACGGCGUCGUCAAGCCCAAUGUCGCUUAUCUGCACCAGUGCGGGCUAGGUGCUUGUGAUAUUGCCAGGCUCUGCAUAGCUAGGCCAUCCCUGCUCGGCAUCAGCACGGAACGCAUCCGCACAGCAGUGGCCUGCGUCGAAGGUCUUGGUGUACCCUGUGGAUCUCCGAUGUUCAGACAUGCGCUAAACGCUGUUGCAUUCCUCAGCGAGGAGAAAAUCACCGCCAAUGUAGAGCACUUGAAGAAAAUGUUCAGGUGGUCGGAUGCCGAGGUGGGCAUUGCUUUUUCUAAGGCUCCAACGUUGCUAACGAGGACCAAGGAAUCGCUGCAGCGCAGGUCCGAGUUCCUCAUCUCCGAGGUGGGGUUGGAACCGGCAUACAUUGCUUGUCGUCCGGCAAUACUCACAUACAGCUUGGAGGGCCGGCUCAGACCCCGGUACUACGUUGUCAAAUUUCUCAAGGAAAAUGGAUUGCUAGAUCACGACCGGGACUACUAUGCUGCAGUCAUGAUCAGCAAGAAGGUAUUCGUCGAGAAGUUCAUAUGCCCUCAUAAGGAUGCUGCACCGCACCUCGCUGAUGACUAUGGAGCAGCUUGCAGAGGAGAGGUUCCAGCUAGAUUCAGUUUCACAUGAACCAAGACUAAUAAGAAAAUUGGUAUGUUCAUUAUGUCAUUCAGUAGAGAAGAAAAAGCAUUGCACUGCUAUGAACUUGUCCUUCCUCGUGUUGUCAUAUUGCACACAUCUUGGAACUAGGAGAGUGUGAGAUCACGGCAUUCUGCCAAUUUCUUUGAAGUAUCAAUGAGUAGUAUUUCUGCACACUCUGUAUCUUUCUGUUCUAAAAUGUCCAUUGCAGUUUUCAGUGCAAUCCUCCAUCUGCCUUUCAUGAAAGAAUGUUCUUAUUUUGGCCAUGAAGAUGACAUGAAGUCUCGAAAUUCCUGGGAGUAGUGUUUCUGUUUCUGACUAGUAGUUUGUAUCAGCUUUCGUUUAUUUAUCUCUUGUAGUUUUGGAUGGCCUUCUGAGUGAUACUUUUCUAGGGGAAUCUGAUCUCGAAACUGAAUAGUUGAGUAGUAGGCUAGUUGCAUUUUUGUUGAAAGCCUACUUGUAUAUCACUAUGUAAACAGAAAUUUCUAAUGCCCUGGUAUUUGUACUGGAGAAGCAAAUUGAUGCUUGUAUUGCAUAGUGCUGAAAAACAGAGGACAUACUUAAGUUAUGGUAACCUUAAAAAGGGUUAUGGCAUUACCAUGUAAAUUUCUGCUAUAUCUUUUAGCUAAUUUUGUCAUUCCAUAAUCGCACUAUCUAUAUUGAUCGCGAGGGCAUAUUUAUCCCUUAGCAUAUUUGUUUAGGGUAGUAUAGUGGGUCUUAUGUACCGUCAUUUUUGCAAAUUUCUAUCUGGAAAGUCAGAAGAGGAAAAGGAAAAAAGCCGGAUGGGAUUCCAUGUAGUCUGGAAUCUUGCAGAAUUUCAAAUAUAGGAAUUACUACGUACCUCAGUCUACGAAGCAACCUGUGAGGAUGAUGCACAUUUGUUUGUCCCUGAUGUGAGGCUGUGGAAGUUGGAAGAAAUGUGAUCUCUGGUGUGUGCGUGCAGUAAGGCAAAGGAGUGGCCCAUGCUAUACUGGCCAAGAGAUGUGAUUUGAAGAUCAGCUAGCUGUGUGUCCCUUCUGUGGUGCUUGUUGAAAUUAUAGAAACAAGAUGAAUGAAAUGCAGGCGAGGGGACCAGGUUGAUCAAUGGAGCAACUUACCACCAGGUGAGAAGGCGUGGAGGUUUUUCUCAAGCAAAGAGUGGCUGCGCAACAGGAGCAUACUGAUUUACUGAAUGUGGAUGGUGCUUUCUUUCUUCCAGGUGAAAUGUGCUGAAAGCGGAUAUUGAUGAUGCUUUCUUCUUCUUCCAGGAAACGCGACAAAACAUGGCGGCUAUAGCUUUGCUGUAUUAUACUGUUCUGAAGGCCCUGCUGGGAUGAUGCCUUGAAGCCUCAGUGACAAGUAUGGCCUGACGGUGGCACGAGUUCUGUUAAGGGAAGCUCCUAUUUUUCUCUUUUUUGAAUUUUGCAAGUUAAGUAAUCCUUCUAGUAUUGUACUAUUGAUGUGAAUAAACUAGCAUAUGGUAGUUUAAUCAUUUUUUGCAUCUUGUUGGAUCUUCACUUGGGUGUGAACAGUUUGUAUGAAUUCUGAACUCUGAAUUUGAAUCAGAGCUGAGCAUUAACUCUGAAUCUUUCAGACUCCAUGUGCAAACUCUGAAUCUUAUUAUAGCCUAUUCAAGCGUGAAGCUAUAGUAAGCACUUAGAAAUCUUUCAGGAGCCUAGGUUUAACUCGAACCAGAGCAGAAAGUUAACAGCAAUCUUACAACAAAGUUUGUAAACUGUGCGCCCCCGCACAGAACAACAUAUUCUAUAUUUGGUUGCCAGAAGCUAAAAGGGUAAACUUCUAUGUAUGAUUCACUUCAACCUUUUCCAUCAUUACAGCAGCAUCUGUAUGACAAAGAGUUCUUAUGUUUUCAGAAUAUUGGGACUGGGCUUAACUAAUUAUGAUGAGAAAUCACUUUCUUAUCCUAAAUACAUCAGCGAUUAGAGGAUUUUGAUUCUCCUGCCGUUUUCAUAAAUGCCCAAUUUAGUAUAUUAAAAUAGGCAUAUUUUCAUAUAAAAGUUCACCAAACGCGAAAUGUCAUUUUUAUUAGUUUCACUGUCAGCGGAUAGAACUGUUUUACCUUGAAGUGUAAAGCGUACGUUUAGUAUCUAAAAAAUGUAUUGAAGGCAUGUGAUGAAUUCCAAGUGCAAAGGCUAGCUGAUUUGGAUCAUUCUUAUUUUGUGGAAUCUAUUUGUCCAACAUUUAUGCAUAUUUAUUUACAGUAGAUAAAUAAACUUCACUAGUGAACUUACUGCAUGAAGGCAAUGUGAUGACAGUUGAUAAUAAAAUACAGCUCCUGAAUUAAUCCCGAAAAACUCACGCAAGAGGCCAUGAUGAGCAAUCGACGCGAUGAGGACCAGGAGAAGGAGAAGAGCAGCAACUAACUCGGUAUGGUGCCACGUACGGGGAUUCAGUUCAACUCAAUAAUCGGAGAGAAGAGCAGCACAAGAUAGUCCAAACUACAGCCACAUCAAGCGCUCCUAGGUAGGUCCUGAGAUGCAGCAGGGAAUGUACCUAGCUACAGAUCGUCGAAACAACGCGGCCAAUAGGUGCCGGAGAUUGCUUAAAAGGCAGGGAGGGGUAAGAGGUUGCUCCUUCCAGGAGGAGACGAUGAAGCAUGGCAGCGGCUGGGGCUUUUGUCUAUACAAACGCGACUCCGAAGGAGGAUCGACAAAGUUUGAGCUGAGAAAUGGUUUUGAGCAUGUAUAUAUGACUUUUUAUUGUAGGGCAAGUAUAGUGUUUGCCUACUGAAUAUACUAGAUGAUGCCCCGCACGUUGUUGCGAAAAUGUUUGCAAUAUUUCAAUGAGAUUUUGAUUA